UCACACCUGGCACCGACUCUGGCGGCCCGAGGCCGCCCAGGGCGCCGCGGUAACUAAGAAACUCCGCGGCCACGGCGGCGGCGGCAACAGGUCUUCGGUUUCAGGCCGGAGGAACUUAGGCGAAGUCCCGCCCCCCGGCGGAUGCUCAUUGGCGACGUCGGGUAUUUAUCCCUCGCGGAUUGGCGAGGUCCGUCUGUCAGGAUUCGGUCGCAGCCAGACUUGGGAAAGUGAAGUGCGCUGGGAGAGUGGGUGGUGGGAGCCGGCAGACGGCAGAACCGAAGUGGCCUGAGGAGUACCGGGAGCGUGAGAGGUCUGCUGGAGAGCGAACUUGGGAGGGGCUGGAGAUGACAAAAUGUCGGCGAGAGGGAUCGCGAGGCAAUAGCGAACAUUGUUGGUGAUGGUGGCAGUGGACAAGAAGUGCAAAACUGAGGCCACAGUCAGAGAAGGGGAGCCAAACGAAGACGGAGAAAAGUGACAUGACCGUAUGACCGCAGAUCAGUGCAAAGAAGCGAGCACAACCUAGAGGAUGCUGUCUUGAGAGCUAAAGAACUUUGUGCCUCCUUUGCGCUGUAGGCCUUCACUCCUAAAACCGCAGCAUCCGCUAUUUAGUCUUGCACUUGGAGCGUAGUGGGGUGGUAGAGAUGAUGCAUCAACCAAUGAAUCGUGUUCUCGCAUAGCCGUAGUCCUCAUUGGGAAGAAAUACUAAAAAUAUACUUAGUUUACAGUAAGAUACAGGCUGCCAUCCUUGCGCAAUUCUGGUGACUGAACUGAAAAUCUGAAAUAAAAUGAUUCUGGAUGCGGUUGAAAGCAUCAAAUUUCCAUUGUUUGUAGAGCCUUAUGUACCUAUCGUAAUUGGAACUACUAUUUUUAAUUCCUCCUCCAAGGAAUUUACAGUUUCAGGAGUAUGCACACUCCCUCCAAGCGACAGCAGUAUGUCUGGUCAGGUUGCAUUAGAGAAUGAGUACAGAGUAUGUGUGCUAUAAGUAUGUUCUGUUUAGGACCUUGAGCUGCUGCUGGUGUGGUCGAAGAAUGACACAGUACUUGCACUCAAAAAUUACAGUAUGUUUAGGACAAACUGUCAAACCUUGCAAACGGUGAACAGUUAAACGACAGAUACAGUUAACCCUCUGAUGCUUUGUGGCAAGUCUUGUUCAAUGGCCGCUAUUUUUGGUUUGUAACACGUGGUGAUGGCCAAGUGCUCUUGAAACAGUUAACUUAAAAUCUCAGCAGUUAUUUCCAGAGAAAGUAAUCCUGUCUCCCUCGGCGAGAUCCAGUCCACAGCUCUCUUCCCCCCUAAAACCGCGGCAUCCUCUGUUGGGUCUUGGACCGGGAGUUUGCUGGGGUAGGGGGAGAAGUGUUGGAGAUUUGAAAACGCUUUGCCUCUCGGAGGAGUCAAAGGGGCAGAAACUGCAUGGGGGAGAGGAAGUCCUGCGAAAUAAAAUAGGCAGAGUAACCCUUUGAGGAGGCUAGGUGCCUUCUCGGGGCCGGUGUGUGUGCGUGUGCGGGGCUAGUGUUAAGGGUGGGGAAGGAGCCCGGGAGCCUGCGGUACCCCCCCGGAGGUGCGGGCCUGAGAUUCCGCUGGGUGGCGAGAGGCUCCGCCCUCCGGAGCACUGACGGCCUUCGCAGCCAAUGGGCGGCGAGGACAUCGCGUUCGAGAGGGCGGGUACUUCCUACUCCGGCCCUGGGCUCGGAGAAGGCCGCGCCAGUGGUUUCUCCAGGGAUGUCUGCAGGAGGGACGCCAGGCUGAGGUCCGGCGUCGAGAAAUAAAUAAGUAAAAGAGUUCUAAAGUUCCUGUUGCUUCAGACAAUGGAUGAGCAAUCACAAGGAAUGCAAGGGCCGCCGGUUCCUCAGUUCCAACCACAGAAGGCCUUACGACCGGAUAUGGGCUAUAACACAUUAGCCAACUUUCGAAUAGAAAAGAAAAUUGGCCGCGGACAAUUUAGUGAAGUUUAUAGAGCAGCCUGUCUCUUGGAUGGAGUACCAGUAGCUUUAAAAAAAGUGCAGAUAUUUGAUUUAAUGGAUGCCAAAGCACGUGCUGAUUGUAUCAAAGAAAUAGAUCUUCUUAAGCAACUCAACCAUCCAAAUGUAAUAAAAUAUUAUGCCUCAUUCAUUGAAGAUAAUGAACUAAACAUAGUGUUGGAACUGGCAGAUGCUGGCGACCUAUCCAGAAUGAUAAAGCAUUUUAAGAAGCAAAAGAGGCUAAUUCCUGAAAGAACUGUCUGGAAGUACUUUGUUCAGCUUUGCAGCGCAUUGGAACACAUGCAUUCUCGAAGAGUCAUGCAUAGAGAUAUAAAACCAGCUAAUGUGUUCAUUACAGCCACUGGGGUGGUAAAACUUGGAGAUCUUGGGCUUGGCCGGUUUUUCAGCUCAAAAACCACAGCUGCACAUUCUUUAGUUGGUACACCUUAUUACAUGUCUCCAGAGCGAAUACAUGAAAAUGGAUACAACUUCAAAUCUGACAUCUGGUCUCUUGGCUGUCUACUAUAUGAGAUGGCUGCAUUACAGAGUCCUUUCUAUGGGGACAAAAUGAAUUUAUACUCGCUGUGUAAGAAGAUAGAACAGUGUGACUACCCACCUCUUCCUUCAGAUCACUAUUCAGAAGAACUACGACAGUUAGUUAAUAUGUGCAUCAAUCCAGAUCCAGAGAAGCGACCAGAUGUUACCUACGUUUAUGAUGUGGCAAAGAGGAUGCAUGCCUGCACUGCAAGCAGCUAAACAUGCAAUAUCAUGAAGAGUGUAACCAAAGUAAAUUAAAGUAUUUCGUGCAAGUCAUACCUCCCCGUUUAUGUCUGGUGUUAAGAUUAAUAUUUCAGAGCUAGUGUGCUUUGAAUCCUUAACCAGUUUUCAUAUAAGCUUCAUUUUGUACCAGUCACCUAAAUCACGUCCUUGCAACACCCAAAUGACUUUGGAAUAACUGAAUUGCAUGUUAGGAAAGAAAAUGAAACAUGAUGGUUUUGAAUGGCUAAAGGUUUUUAGAAUUACUUACAGUUUUCUGCUGAUAAAUUGUGUUCAGAUAGACCAUCAGUGCCAAAUAUUGAAGGUGCAGCUUGGCACACGUCAGGGUAGACUCAGACCUGAGAAUAAGUCUCUGAACAUGUGACUUGUUUCUUUUUUAGUAAUUUAUGGACAUUAAGGCAGACCCACAAUUGUGAACUUUUGUCAUGAUUUUAUUUUUGAACGUUUGAAGUACUAGUUUUUAGUUCUUAGAGUAGUUUUCAAAUAUAAUUCUUAUGAUAACUGUAGACAUAACUAUUUGAGAAACAUUUAAAACUCUUAGCUUAUACAUUCAAAAUGCAACUAUUAAAUGUGAAAAGAUUUGGGGACAAAGUGAGUCAGACACUGAAGAGUUUUUUGUUUUGUUUUAGUAUUUUUGAUAUUAUCUUUGCAUUGAAAUGGUAUAAAUGAAUCCAUUUAAAAAGUGGUUAAGGAUUUGUUUGGCGGUUGUGAUAAUUUUUAAAGUUGCACAUUGCCCAAGGCUUUGUUUGUGUGUUUUUAUUAUUGUUUGUACAUUUGAAAAAUAUUCUUUGAAUAACCUUGCAGUACUAUAUUUCAAUUUCUUUAUAAAUUUAAGUGCAUUUUAACUCAUAAUUGUACACUAUAGUAUAAGCCUAGGUUUUUAUUCAUAGGUAUUAUUGAAGUUCUGAUUGGGCCCCUUCAGAAAUGUUUUUAUAUUAUUCUUCAAGUUACUUUCCUAUUUAUAUCGUAUGUGCAUUUUAUCCAUUAUUGUUUCAUACUUUUUGAAAGCCUAAUGCCCUUUUAAAAGAUAUUUGGUAUACCAACACUUUUGCCAGAUUGAAAACAUUUUUUUAAACUUUUUAAAAUUUGGGCCACCCUGUGUGCAUGUGUUUGGUCUUGUUGAAGAGGAAGAGAGGAUGAGAGGAUGUGUGUUGUACUGUACCUGUGAAUGUUGAUACAGUUUCAAUUCAUUUGACAAGGUUGUAAUUCUAGAAUAUGUGUAAUAAAAUGAAAACUGGCCGUUACUACAGCCAGAAUUGUCACGAGAUUAACUUUUCUAUUGAGAAGCUUUUGAGCUAACUACCGUAUUUGUUCACGAAGAUGACUGAGAUGGUAACACUUCCCGUGGCUUAAGGAAAUGGGCAGAGUUUAGUAAAUGCCUUUGUGCAGAUGUGCCUUCCCUGAAUGCUUUCUUAUUAGUGGCGACCAGCUCCUCACAGAAUUGUGAAGCCCAAAGGCCAAGAGGCAGUCACAGUUUUAAAGGACCCUGUGCCACCAUACAACCUUAGGAUGAAUUAUCCUGCCAACGUGAAAACCUCAUGUUCAAAGAACACUUCCCUGUAGCCGACGUAACUGCUGGUUUUGUUUUUCAUAUGUGUUUUUCAUACACUCGUUUGAAUGCUUUCAAGUUAUUUGUAAACUUAAAAAAUGUGUAAAGGGCAAGAAGUAUAAACUCUUGUUUUUUGAAAUCUAAUCAGUUAUGUAUGGUUUCUGAAGGGUAAUUUUAUUUUGGAAUAGGUAAAGGAAAUCUGUUUUCUUUUUUUUUUUUUUUUUUCCUGGGGGCUAGAUUCUCACACUCUAGUGACUUCUAACAUUUAUACUGAGCAUCCAUAGAUAUAUUCGUAGAAGUAUGAGAAGAAUUAUUCUUGUUGACCAUUAAUGUCAUGUUCAUUUUAAGGUAAUGUAAUUGUGAUGAAAUGUUCUCUGCUUGGAACAGAUACUCACUUUUUUUCUUUAAGAAUAUAUGGAUCUAAAAUUCAUUAGCAUGACCCCUCAAAGUGACUUUUAAGUAAAGAUUUAAACUUUUCUUCUCAGUGAAUCUAUCUGCUAGAAGGAAAUAGCUGGGAAAAAUUUAAUGAUCAGGGAAAUUCAUUAUUUCUACAUGUGGAAACUUUUUGCUUUGAAUAUUAUAUCUUUUUAAUCUAAAUGUUUGUAUUUUUCCCAAAGAAACCACUGUAUAAAAAUCAAAUUUUAAUUUUGAAUGGGAUAAUUUCAAAGAAUUAUGAAGAUGAUUUGAAGCUCUAAUUUAUAUAGUCACCUAUAAAAUGUUCUUUAUAUGUGUUUUUAAGUAUAUUGAUUAAGUUAAACAUUUGAAUUGAUUUGAGGAGCAGUAAAAUGAAAGCUAUAUGGAUUCUAAACCUUAUUUAGACAUUGGUACCAGUUACUCCGGGGAAAAUAUGGAGUAACUUUGUUUUGCAUGGUAAGGUUUAGGAAUGGUGGAUGAAGGGUAUCUCUAUAUAAAUAAAGUGCUCAACAAUGUGCAAUGAUUGUAAAUUUAGUAAGAUAUUACAGCCAUUUCAUGAAUGCUUUACCAUUCUACAUAGUAUCUAUUACAAAACACCUUUCUUGUAUCCAUGUACUUCAGGUGUUGCUGUUAACAUUUACUAUGAUAUUUAUUUUAACCAAAAUGUUAUUCACAUUAAAUGUUUAUUCUUUAAAAUGAAUGUAUUAUGUUUAUAACCCACAAAUGCAUACUUACCCUGUGCCUCAUAUUUCAAUAGUACUGUAAUAUGUACAUCUUUUUGUGAAAUACUUUUAUUUUGUUAUGCUUUAAAUAUACAUACAAAAAGAUUGUUAUUAGUUUGAAAAUUGUACAAUAUCCUAAUAUAAACAAAAACAUAAAAAUAAAAAUGAAUACAGUAAAA